AUGUACCAGUAUUCCAAUGAAGCCGCAAACUGCCUCAAUAGUAGAGAGAGGCAAUGUUCUUCAUUGAGGUACUGGCGGCGCCUAAAACUAAAGGGUCUCUCAGGUGCAUCGACGGCGCACAUGCCACCACUUUUGCCCAAGAGAAGCUUAUCCAUUAUCGCACUGAGGAGCAGAGGUUGCUCAGCGGGACACGGUUCGUUCAAAUAUUUCAGAAGCAGCCCUCAAUAUCAAAGGGAAAAGGAGUACUAG